AUGCUGUUCCUUCGCGGGAUGAUGCCACGGCUGAACCUGCCGGUUCCCGUGGCCAUUGCGCUGCUAUACAUACUCUUUGUCUUCCCCGUGAUGGGGAUGGCAUACUACGAGCUGAAGAGCCGACGAGCCCGAGCCCGCACGCCCAAGGGAUGCCGCAAACUCGGCCUUCACGACGGGCACUCGAACCUGCACGACGAGCAUGAAUACAGCACCGACGGACUCAAACCAGGCCAGAAGAACAACAAUGAGAAGCCAACACCACGCAUCAAGGCGCUGAUAGCCUACCCUAUCAAAUCCUGUCGAGGCAUCGAGUUCAACUUCACGCAUUUCAAAGACAGCGGACUCGCCUGGGACCGCCGCUUCUGUUUCGCAGAGUACACCACUGAUAACGACGACAACGACGACGGUUCGAGCGGCCACUGGGACGCCAAAACCCUACGAAACGGCACAUACUCUCGUCUCGCCCUGAUACGGCCCGAGAUCUGGCUCCCCGACCCUUCCAGCCCAACCUACGACAAGCGCCUUCACAGCGUGAAAUCAGACGGCGUGCUACUCAUCUUCUACCCACGCGACACCUCCCGCCUACCGCCCUGGACCCGUCUGGGCAUCCAGCUCGGCCUGCUGGAGAGCGAGGAGUGGUUUAGCAUCCCGCUCAACCCGCCGGCGGACUCGAGCGAGUACCCCCUCGAAGAGCUGCGGUUGUUCAGCAUCCCUACGCGCGCGACGAGGUACUCGACGCAUGUCCCUGCUGCUCUGGCGGAGUUUCUAGGCAGCAAGAAGCCAUUGGGUCUGUUUAGGGUGCACCCAGAGCAUGUGCGGGUUGCGGUGGGCAAUGCGCCGAGCGAGCGGGAGCUGGGGUAUGUUCCUGACAAGGCGUUUAGUGACGAGUACCUGUUGCAGAUGCAGAGUAUGGGCAGUCUGCGGGAGAUGCAUGGGCGGACGAAGUAUGCUAUCCCGCAGCUGAGUGUGAGGCGGUUCCGGCCGAAUGUGGUGCUGGAGGGAGUCGGGGCGUAUGAGGAGGAUGCGUGGAAGAUGAUUAGAUUUGUAUCAAGUGAGAAGGAAGAUGGUGAUGGUGAUGGUGAAGGAGUGGAUGUGCAU